AGGGCGUGUCCUCCCGACUAGUCUCCUCCCCCUGGGGGCGGGGCUAUGGAAAGGAGCCGGGGUAUAAACCCCCGCGCGGGGCAGGGCGCAGCGGCUUGGAGCGCAGGGCGCACGGGGGCGCAGCCGGUUCUGGAGACCCCCCCGCGGCUCCCGCCUCCGCCCCCUUCCCGCAAGGGGCCCGGCCCGGGCCGGACCAUGCCCCCCCUGGAGCUGCUGCCCGGGUACCCGCCUGCGCCCCCGGUGCCCCCGCACCGGCCCCCGCCCGGGCUGGAGCUCCAGUGCGUCCUGCUGGGGGACGGCGCCGUGGGCAAGACCAGCCUGGCGGUCAGCUACAGCGCCAACGGGUACCCGGCGCGCUACGUGCCCACGGCGCUGGACCGCUUCUCGGCCGUGGUGCAGGUGGACAGCGCCCCCGUGAGGCUGCAUCUCUGUGACACGGCGGGGCAGGACGAGUUUGACACGCUGCGGCGGCUCUGCUACACCAAGGCAGACGUCUUCCUCCUCUGCUUCAGCGUGGUGGCCCCCGCCUCCUUCCAGAACGUGGGGGAGAAGUGGGUGCCGGAGCUGUGCCGGCUCUGCCCCGCUGCCCCCCUGCUGCUGGUGGGCACCCAGUGCGACCUGCGCCAGGAUGUCCAGGUGCUCAUUCAGCUAGCCCGGCGCCGGGAGAAGCCGGUGGCCGAGCCGGCGGCCCGGGCGCUGGCCCAGAAAGUGGGGGCCGUGGGCUACGUGGAGUGCUCGGCGCUGACCCAGCAGAACCUCAAGGAGGUGUUUGACACGGCCAUCCUGGCGGGGCUGCGGCACGCCGAGGCCCGGGGCCGGCGGGCGCGCAGCACGGCCAGCAAGGUGCGGACACUCUCCAAGGCCUGGUGGAAGAAGUACGUCUGUGUGCGGUAGCCGGCGCCCCCGCCUCAGUGUCCCAUGGGGCACCCUCCACCUGGGGGCUGAAGGGCGCUCUGCAGCGUGGGGGGCUAGGCUGAGAACAGACAACUCGAUCCAGGUGUGGAUUCAAGAGCCUCCGGGUGUUUGCCGGCGGGAUGGAGACAGGCCCCGGGCCCUGCGGGUGGCUGUGCCGGGCUCCGGACACCCCCACCCUGGCCCAUGUGGGUUGUGCUCCUGGGCUGUCAGGCUGCCUGGCCCCCCCAAAGGGGUCCAAAUUCAGAGCAGGGGGUGGUUCCAGAAUCUCAUCCCUCCAGCUGCCUCCCUGCAGGACAGUCUGCCUCGGCUGAGGGUGGGGCACAAGCCCCCCCAGCACAGCCCUUUUUGCAGAGGAUUUUGGUUUGUGUGGGGCACGGAGGGAACCGCUGCAGGAGGAUCGCCCCGCUGGACUGGGGAGGGGCAGAACCAGCGCCCCCAAACCGGCCCGGCCCCACGCCUGGGUUUAAACCCUCCCCCUCGCUGGGCACUUUGCGGAGGGGACUGGCCGGGGCAUGGGGGGGGGGCGUACGGUGGGGGGCUCAGCCGGACCCUCCCUCCCCCUCGCAGUCUCUAGGCGGGGUCAGAACCAGCUGCAGCCGCGGACCGGAGCUUCCUGUGGGUGCGGUAGGCUGAGGGGGUCGGUCUCUGGGGGGCUGCGCCCGCUCGGGGUCCUCCCCCACCCGCUGCUAUGUUUGCACUAGUAUAAAAAUAUCCCUGGCCGAACGGGGGAUUUGCCCAGGGUCCCCUCCCACCCCAUGGCAUGAGAACCCCAUGACAAAUCCCCCUUUCACCCCCUCCCAAGGCCUUAACCCCUUCCGUGCCAGCCGUGCCCUUGGGCGUCCUGUGCCCUCCCACCGGGAGUGGGGUGGGGGGCUCCGGGCUCUGCGGGCAGCCGGCAAAGGGCAAAUGGGCGAUUUUAUCCCCUUUGGGGGUGCAGAAACCUGGCUGCCCUGUGUAGAGAGGGGGCUGAGAUCUGUCGCCCCACCAGCAGCAUGGUCCAGUUGGCCCCAGGGUGGGGGGAGUGGUGUUAGCAAAAGCUGGGGGGGGAAGCAGGGGGUGGGCUGCUGAACUGCCCCUUACCCCCAGAACUGCCCCGAGCUCUGCCCCAGGGCUGCUGGUUUCUGAUCCCAGUGGGGGUGUGUGUGUGGGGGGGAGUUGUCACUGCUGUUGUGAUAACCGUGGGCAAAGCCAGGGGUCCGUCCAUCUGUUCUUUCUUUUUUUUUAAAUGUUUUGAACCAAUAAAGUUUCUUUCCCUGGUGCAAA